AUGAAAGGAUGUUCUAUUUUCAGAUCUGGGCAUUUUUUAUUUCUGCUUUGUCUUUUUGCUGUGGAAGGCAAAAAGUCACCUACAGGAAAACAUACCUGCCGGAAAGGACUCCUCUCCCAGAUGACAGAGAACCUGUAUAUCAAGGCAGCUAGUUUAAAAUCAUCUGUUCCUAAGGAUCUCAUCAAGACCACGAGACUGCUUAAAAAGACUACAAAAGUGCUGUUUAUGACAAAUUGCAGUGUUCGAGAUCAGCUCCUCUCCUUCUAUGUGAAAAAUGUCUUCUGUCGUCUUGAGGUAGGAAGUGACAAGUUGUACUUUAUUAGUGCCUUCCAGGUUCUGCAAGCAAACAUGGAUGCCUGUCUUCCCUGUGCUCCAUCCACAAGGUUAACUUCUGCAGUCAAAAAGUUAAAGAGAAUGUUUCUUAAGGUAAGAACAGGAUGUGCUGGCUCCCCACUACACUGUUCAAGGGCUGUAGCUAGUUUCUUUUCUAAUGCCUUUAUCUUCUCAACAGCUUGGAGAUCAGGGAAUCUACAAGGCCAUCCAUGA